AUGCUCCGCGCAAUCAUUCAACCUGCCCAUAAGAUCGGAGUUCUGACAUACGAUGCUGGCCAGUUGACAGAUAGGCACCUGACUGAACUUGGUAUCGAUCCAGCUACAGUACAGAUUUGCGGUGCUUUACCCCAAGGACAUCUAAGAGGGUUUGUCUCGCAGGGUGAACCAUAUAAUCCCCAAAAGGUCGAAGACGAGCUCGUUGCGCAGGCCAAGAAACUGGUCAAAGACGCUGAAGGCAAAAUCGGGGCUAUUGUGCUGGAGUGCACCAAUAUGGCACCUCACGGCGAAGCGAUUCGUGCUGCGACAGGGUUACCCGUUUAUGAUGCAUAUACACUUGGGGAAUGGUUCUACGCAGGUAUAAACAGGCAAAAUCCAUCAUCCUGGGUUAAGUAA